AGUCGGGAGAUUCGUCAAUCUGCAUACAGAUUGUCGCGCCGCCAACCGGGGACCACGCAGGAGUACAUAUUACUUUUUUCCCCUCUGUUGUGUCUAUUCGGACCGCUUUAGCAUCGAAUAGAAGCUCGGAAAUGAUGCGAAAUGAAUGAAGACCCGUGGUUUAUUUUCGGCCGGGUCACCCCGACGGAGAAAUGCACGCCGAAGGGCGUUUACCGUGUUUCUUCCAGCGUGUUUUUCCCUAACAGGUAGUGAGGCUCAGCGGUCACUGAGUGUGGCUGCGCAGCGGAGACUGAAUAUCCCGCUUUGUAAUCUCUUGACAGCCCUCUUUUAACCCAUCUUUGGAUCGACGGACGCCUUUAAACGAACACCCACCCUCUCUCCUCUCCAGAAACAUGGACAAUGUGUUUGUUGUUGUGUCAUUUUGGAGCAGUUGUAUGAAUUUAUAACAGAUUUCAGCCUCUGAUGGACAUGAAGAAGGCGGACGGUGUGGAUUAGGAUCUUUCCUUUUUUUCUUUUUUCUUUUUGCCUUCGUCCUCCUCAUCUCAAUGUGGUCUCUAAAGGACUUCUUCCUCCUCUGCGGUUUGAAAUGAAAUGAUGGCAGCAGCACGUUGGAGUGAUUCACCGCAGGACAAUGAAGAGAGUAAACACAGAGCCGUAACUCCGUCUUGUGAGGCCAAGCAGAAGGAUGGGCGCGAUCAGAGCGAGGCGUCGACUGCGGCUUCUCCCGGCCCAGAGGAGGAGCCUUUUUCCUGGCCGGGGCCCAAGACGCUUCAUCUGCGGCGAACUUCGCAGGGCUUCGGCUUCACACUGCGACACUUCAUCGUCUACCCUCCCGAGUCUGCCGUCCACAACUCUCUGAAGGAUGAAGAGAAUGGCAGUAGAGGGAGACAGAGGAACCGUCUGGAGCCAAUGGACACUAUUUUCGUCAAGCAAGUGAAGGAGGGAGGCCCCGCCCACGGAGCUGGACUCUGUACAGGGGACCGGAUCGUGAAGGUGAAUGGAGAAAGCAUCAUUGGGAAGACCUACUCGCAAGUCAUAGCCUUGAUCCAGAACAGUGAUGCCUCACUGGAACUCUGUGUGAUGCCAAAGGAUGAGGACAUUUUGCAGCUGUUUUCCAGGGAUAUCACUGCUCUGGCAUAUUCCCAGGAUGCAUACCUCAAAGGAAACGAGGCAUACAGCGGAAAUGCCCAGAACAUCCCCGAACCCCCUCCCAUCUGCUACCCUCGGAUAGAAGUCAAGGCUGCGGGCAUGGCUCAGACAUCAGAGCCCGCCGCAGUCAGCGAGACCCCCCGAGGGCCAGCUCAGGGACCAGGACGACGAGGAGGGGCCACAGAGAAGAGCUACCGGGUGGAAAUCCCUGUUCCGCCAUCUCCUCCACCCCAGCAGACGGUGGUGUGUGUCUGUAAUGAGAACGUGAGGACAGUGGCGAUGCCUCUUGAUCCGGUUGACAGGGGGUCCCGGGUGGCUCGGGCUGGACCCAGCCACAGGACGGAGGAAAACCGGUACAGCCCUUCAGCAGAUUCUAGCUCGGCUAGACCCAGACCCCUUAUUCCCUCAGUACCUGGUGGUGCGCAGCUGCAGUACCCCUCCUCCCGUCCAACAGAAACCCCUGUCUAUUCCCCUUCCUCAACUUCUAGACCUGGACCCGUCUUUCCUGACACAUUAUCUACACCUGUACGAGCCCCUCUUACUCUUGCCUCACCGGACACGUUCUCCGCUACCAACACAACCAACACAAACCACUACUCACCAUCACCCACAGCCCCCUCCACCUCUCCACACCAGAACAUCGACUGGAAAAACUACACCACCUACAAGGACUAUAUUGACGCCAAGAGGCUGCACACGUAUGGUUGUCGCACCAUCCAGGAGCGCUUGGACAGCUUGCGUGCGGCUGCCAGUUCUAGUUCCGUCUACACCCAGCAACGUACACCGCCUCCAUCUAGCACCAGUCAAAGAGGGGCACUGGGCUCCCAGUUCAGAAGGAGAAGUGCCUCCAAUGAUCGUGGGGUUAGUGUAAAUACCCAGGGUACUACAGUGACUCCAUUACGUAGCGUCUCCCAAGAGAGGCUUGGAGGUGGUUCAGAGAGGACAAUAAGGAAUUGGCCUCGAAGUGCAUCUGAGGAUGCUCUACCCUUUUCCACCCCCACAGGAGUCACCAAACCCCGGGCAAGGUCGUGUGACUACCUGGGGCAGCAGGCUGGAGAGCCAGGUGGGGCUGUCUUUGGAGACAGGGAAGGGUUUGAUGACAGGCUGUUGAGCCGGGGAGAGGAAGCCAGAGCUAGCAGGCAGGGAGCAGGCAUGAGAGCUUUACCUCAUCUGAACAGGAGUCUCACUGGACAGGAUGAAGAAGGGCGAGGAGGUAGAUUAUCUAACUCACCGUUAGCUGUUUCUGUGUUUACUAAAGGUACGUCGGAUUCUGCACUAACAUCAAGGACAGACGGUGUCAUAAUGAGACCAUCACGCCUGCCUGUCAAAAACUCAGACCUUUCGCCUGCCUUACCCUCCACUAAAACCACAGACCCUCUUAAAGACCAAAGAGCUAACAUCAUGGGCAACCAUCUUGGCUACCCUUCCCCUCUGCACCUGCAGCUCAGAGGUAGAGCCGACAGUCUGAAAAUGGAGAGCAGGUCGGAGUCUGGGUUGGCAGCCAGGUCUUCGUCUUGCUCCGGUCCAUCCUCUAAACUGCCCUUGCAGAGACAACUACAAAGUGUCACCUCUGCUGCUGGUUCCUCCACCACUAAUGGAGCUGUGACCCAAAAGCCAAAAGCCAGCGCCCCCGUACGGACUAAUGGCGGUCUUGCAGAGGGCGUAGAAGGACCGGAUGCCACAGUUGUUGUUUUAAGAAGGGACAAAAACUCUGGACUUCCUCACAUUCGCCCACCGUCCUAUGUGCUAGCUGUUAAUGACAACCACAGAGGAGUGACUCAUAAGUCACCGCCGCUGGUGAAGGCCGGCUCUGCAGAUGGAGCCAUGUGCUGGUUGUCAAACGACGGCUUCAGGGAGAAGCAUGUCAGAAGGCUCGGAGAAACGCGACAAAAGUCUGGCUCCGACAACUUGGACGACUCCCUGGAUUCAAUCCCUUUCAUAGAUGAACCGUCAAGUCCCAGCAUUGACCUGGACAGCUCACACAUUCCUGCCUCUGCCGUGAUAUCCGGAGCGCCCACCAUCACCACCAUCCCACCCAGCCCCACCUCUCCGUCCCCGCUCAUUCGACGACAGCUGUCACACGACCAAGAUUCUCUCCGUCUCACAAUUAUUGAGUCAGAUUCUGGUACUAAAACAGAGCGAUCCAAGUCGUACGAUGAAGGCCUGGAUAACUACCGGGAAGAAAGCAGAGGGAGGUCCUUAAUCCCUGGUCUGAAAAGUCUUAGGAAGGCUGUGGACAGGUCGUCUGAAGAUUCAGGCUCCAGGAGGGAUUCUUCAUCAGACGUCUUCUGUGAUGCCACCAAGGAGGGUCUGCUGCAUUUCAAGCAGCUCAACACAGACAAGGGCAAGCGUGUCGGCGGAGGUAUGCGCCCGUGGAAGCAGAUGUACGCCGUGCUGAGAGGUCACUACCUCUGCUUGUACAAGGACAAGAAGGAGGGACACGCUCACGCCAACUGCCAAGCGGUGGACGAGCCCCUGCCAAUCAGCAUCAAGGCCUGCCUGAUCGACAUCUCGUACAGCGACACGAAGCGGAAGAACGUGCUGCGGCUGACCACGUCGGACUGCGAGUACCUGUUCCAGGCCGAGGACCGAGAAGACAUGCUGGCCUGGAUCAGAGUCAUACAGGAGAACAGCAACCUGGAUGAGGAGAACGCGGUCUUCACCAGCCAUGACCUCAUCAGCAGGAAGAUCAAGGAGUACAACACCUUGAUGAGCCCGACAGGCAGCAAGACGGAGCCGUCGCCCAAACCUUCACGCCAGUCGCUGAGCAUCAGGCACACGCUGCUGGGAGGGAAAGGAGAGACCAAAGCUACAAGUCCACACUCACCCAAACCGGAGCAGGAGAGGAAGAACAUGCACAAAGAUGACACCAGCCCGCCCAAGGAUAAAGGGACAUGGAGGAAGGGCAUCCCGGGACUGAUGAGGAAACCUUUUGAGAAGAAGCCUCCAGCAGGAGUCACGUUUGGAGUGAGGCUGGACGACUGUCCUCCUGCGCAGAACAACAAGUUUGUGCCUCUGAUUGUGGAGGUCUGCUGUAAGCUGGUGGAGGAGCGGGGGUUGGAGUACACAGGCAUCUACAGAGUCCCUGGAAACAACGCUGCCAUCUCCAACAUGCAGGAGGAGCUCAAUAACAAGGGCAUGAACGACAUCGAUAUCCAGGAUGAUAAAUGGAGGGACCUCAAUGUGAUCAGCAGCUUACUCAAGUCCUUUUUCCGUAAACUUCCAGAGCCGUUGUUCACCAAUGAUAGGUAUGCAGAUUUCAUAGAGGCAAACAGAACAGAGGACCCAGUGGAGAGACUCAAAGUGAUCAAGAGGCUGCUUCAUGAGUUGCCAGAUCAUCAUUACGAGACUCUCAAGUUCCUCUCAGCUCAUCUCAAAACUGUGGCUGAGAACUCAGAGAAGAAUAAGAUGGAACCGAGGAACCUGGCCAUCGUGUUUGGUCCGACUCUGGUGCGCACCACUGAGGACAACAUGACCCACAUGGUGACACACAUGCCAGACCAGUACAGGAUAGUGGAGACCCUCAUUCAAAAUUAUGACUGGUUUUUCACUGAAGAGGGAAACGGAGAACCAGUGACCAUGUCGAAGGAGGAGAGCGCGGUGGAGUCUCAGCCCGUCCCCAACAUCGACCACCUGCUCACCAACAUCGGCCGUACGGGCACAUCGCAGGGUGAAGUAUCAGAUUCACCGACUAGUGACUCAGCUAAAUCAAAGGGUUCCUGGGGCUCAGGGAAGGACCAGUGCAGCCGAGAGCUCCUGGUCUCCUCCAUCUUUGCUGCAGCCAGCCGCAAAAGAAAGAAGUCAAAGGAGAAGCCGCAGCCUAGCAGCUCAGACGACGAUCUGGACGCUGUGUUCCCCAAAAAGGAAAUCCCUGGCCAGAAGCCGAACCACCACGGCCUCCAGACCGAGGUGCAGAGCGAGACUCGUCCAAGCCCCAACGCCAAACCCAACGCCAAGCAGCCAGCACGAGUCGAGGAGAGGAAAGAGAACGGGAGAACUGUGGAUCUCACGCCUAAAGUCAAGAGAGAGCAUAGAAACUCCUUAUUCCUGAAGGACAAGGCUCCACCCAGACACCCGUCACCUUCACCGUCCCCGUCCCCGAUCAUCGCUCCACAGGGGAAAUCCUCCCUGUCCGAUCCUCCGUCUCAACUCGAUGAAAACACCUCUGACCUCGGGACCAUGAGUUCCGGAGCGUCAGUUCCGCGGUCCAGACCAAAAAAGUGGACCGCGGGAGCAUCCGCUGAUCUUCCUGCAGGUGUCGGAAUGGGACCAGGUUUAGGGGCGUCCGCCGGUGCAGAGGUGAGCUCCAUCACCUCAGAUUACUCCACCACUUCUUCCAUCACAUUCUUGACCGGAGCGGACUCCAGCGCUCUCAGCCCGGAGCUGCAGGGAGGAGAGGAGGCGGACGACGAGCGGAGUGAGCUCAUCAGCGAGGGACGGCCGAUGGAGACGGACAGUGAGAGCGACUUCCCGGUUUUUGCUCCAGGCGGUGGCAGCAGCCAGUCUACACCCUGCCCAGAACAGAAUCAGGAAAAGAGCGAACAAAGAAGUGGCGGAGCAGCUGAAGGGAGCACCACUCCGAAAAUGGAAGCACGGCGCCUUUUCCCAUCACACAGGAUGAUCGAGUGCGACACCCUCUCCAGACGGUGGUCCUUAAGACAGAAAACAGACAGCGAGUCAUCAGUGGAGGGUGUAGCCAUGACUGGGGAGCGCAGCGAGGGUCGGGCGGAGUCCUCCACGCGGCUCUCUCGAGUCCUGGAGGUGAUGAAGAAAGGGCGGUCCACCAGCAGCCUGAGCUCGUCCUCACGCAGCGAGUCGGAGCGUUCCGAACCGGCGUGGCACCUCAAGAUCACGGAGCGGCUCAAAUUCAGGUUACGCACGUCUGCUGACGACAUGUUCACGCAGAAGAACCGAACGGCAGACGCUCGAGGGAAGAAGAAGAACAUCCGGCGGAGGCACACCAUGGGCGGGCAGAGGGACUUCCCGGAACUGGCGGUCAUUAACGACUGGAGGGAGCAGGGCGGCAUGGACCAGGCGGCCGAGCUGUCCGCCCUGGAUCGCCUCAAGCCCAGAUGUUCCUCUCAGGACUUCUCCAUCCGGGACUGGAUCGCGAGGGAGCGGUGCAGAGGCUCCGAUUCGAGCAUCGAGGUGGCGCCCAAAGCCGUCCCUGAGGAUCCAGACGUGCAGGACGCUGCUCCGGAAAGACCUCCUCCUUCUGCCGCUCAAGAGCACGUCAACGGCGGCGGGCUGCAAGGCAAAAACAAAGCGAGCCUCGGGGCGGACGCUCACCCGCACAAACUGUCUGGAGCACAAGUCGUCCGCUCACGGUUCUACCAGUAUCUGUGAAACGACAAGUGUCGAGCUCUUGUCUUUUUGAAUGAAUGAAUGCGUUUUAAAAUGUACGAAUGUGGGUUAUUUCAGCGAAGGUUACUGCACAAUAUUUUUUCUACAAAAGUAUACUUUAUGUAUCUACUGUACAUACUUGUGUAUAGGCUGAUUGUUACUGGAAUAAUGCUGAAGAGUUUACGUGUUUUAAUUCCUCUGACUCGGCGGCCGUACUGGAACAGACGCGGAGAAAACUUCCUCCUGCACCAUCGAAACCCUGCCAGCGCAAGAAUGUGACUUUACUGAAACGGACUCAGAAGGGUUGAACGCAGGAGGAAGAAAAAACCUUUUUAAAAGUUCUUCCUAUUAUAAGCGGUAUGAAGAAUGUAUUACUCUCCUUGGACUAACACUAGAUGCUUGUGACAAUAUUGUCAUUUUCAAAACAACAUGUACAUGUUUUUUUUUUUUUUUGUUGUUGCCUGUACUUGAAGUAUGUGGAUGUAACUGACGGCUGCUUUCUGAGCUGCGUGUUGUGGGAACUUUAUUUUUUCACAGCACACUCACAACAGCCAGAUAUUAGCUCGAUGAACUGGAGGAAUUAUUAUAGUUUUAUCAAAUAAAGACUGAAAAAAGAAAAUGUUAAUGAUGAAGUGCUGAUACUAUAGUAUGUAAUGCUUGGUACAGUAGUUUUUAUUUCCAAACUUUGUCCAGUUAUUGUCCAAAAACAAUUAAGUUUUUACAUAUAAUUGUUUUAUCUCGAGAAGAAAAAGUGCCUCUUUUUUUCAUUUUUUUUUUUUCAAAACUGUUUUUUAUAAACAGUUGUCAAAGAAAUUAAAAAAAAAAAAAAAAAAAUUUAGAAGAAACAAACCUCACAGGCAUUCCAGAGACGUUUUGUUUUGUUUUGUGUUCUUUUUCCUGUUUUUAGUUUCGACCCACAGCGACAUCAUUCAGAUUUACGUCCCAGUCGGUUUCAUUAAUGUUUUACUUCUUGUCCCCCCCCCUUGUAUUUUUCAAAGUGCAGUAAAAUUCAUGGCCGCUUAAAACCUGGGAGAAAGUGAAAAAAAAACACACAAAAAAACACAACAAACUUAUCUUUCAAACUGCAUGAGACAAUGUUUUCUAAACAGUGAACAUCUCGUUGCCUGUGUACAGCAAGACAUGGGUGUGACGCCCUCCCUCAACAAACACUGGAAAUAAAUAAUCUUUAUUAGAU